AUGGCCAUGGCUCACGAUGACGUACAUAUAGACGGCCACAAAGUGAUUAGAACCUAUUCGACGAACGAUGAGAUGGACUACAUCAAUGAUGAUAGAAACAGACGUUUUUAUUUAGAUCCCGGGAAUGAGUUCAACUUCGAUUAUGGGAAGGCCUUUGCCGAGGGUUACACGGCCAGGGAAGGGGUGCCUCACUUAGUUGCAGGAAGAUACGCGUGGAUGCGAGAUCAUCGGCAGGUACUGAUAGACAAUGGAAUUUUGGAUAAAGCCCAAUCAAGAUUGAACGUGGAUUUUGUGUCACGUCGAGGGGUACUUACCCGCAUUUUGCAAAUGGGAGGACGCAAGGACUGGGACAUUGGAAUUGCCGUCACUCUCUACAAAGGUACCUACCACCUCAGUUCGACCAUGAAAAAUAGAGCAGCACCUCAAAAGAAGAACCUGAUAGCAGCAUCCACCAAUCUUCUUGUUAAGUUUGUGACGAGCAGGGAUGGACUAACGCCAGAUGAGCCUGCCCCCGUAAACGUGAAAGAAAUCUUCUUUACUUUGAUGACGGUCAACUGCGGGAAUCACCGCUUGCUUGUGCGUAGUGAGAUACAGGCAGAGAAAAGAAUCGCCCCCGAUGAGCCCCCUCAAGCAUUGCCAAACCCAAGAUACUGUAUGAAUGUCCGCUCGAGGCCUCUGAGACAUACACUAGAUCCGUAA